GAGGAACAGACAGCAGGGGAGAGAGCAGGGAUGGCGGGAGCAGGAGGGGGGCUGGGGGUAGGGGAGCACCUUGCCCCCCCUCUGCCCGCCCAGGCCUGCCCCCCCACCUUGGAAAAAGUGACACCAUCCUGCUAAUACCAGGGGGCUGAGAUCAGCUGGGGGGGAGCCCCGCCCCCAGCUUGCAGGGAGGGGAGCGGGGGUUGGGUGGGGGUGGCCGGGCCCAGCCGGGGUCUUAAGGGCUGGGGCAGCAGACGAGCAGCAGCUGGGCAGAGCAGGUCCAGACAGCAGCAUGUCCAGCGCCCACUUCGUCCGUGGCCCAGCCUACGGGCUCUCCGCCGAAGUCAAGAGCAAGUUGGCCCAGAAGUAUGACCCCUUGCGGGAGCAGGAGCUGCGGGCCUGGAUUGAGACAAUGACAGGCCGGCGCAUCGGGGACAACUUCAUGGAGGGGCUGAAGGACGGUGUCAUCCUGUGCGAACUCAUCAACAAGCUACAGCCGGGCUCUGUACGCAAGAUGAAUGAGUCCACACAGAACUGGCACAAGCUGGAGAACAUUGGGAACUUCAUCACUGCCAUCUCACGCUAUGGUGUCAAGGCCCAUGACAUCUUCGAGGCCAACGACCUAUUCGAGAAUGCCAACCACACCCAGGUGCAGAGCACCCUGCUUGCCCUGGCCAGUCAGGCCAAAACUAAAGGGAACCAGGUGAAUGUGGGGGUCAAGUAUGCAGAGAAACAGCAGCGCCGGUUCGAGCCUGAGAAGCUGCGGGAAGGACGCAACAUCAUUGGGCUGCAGAUGGGCACCAACAAGGGUGCCAGCCAGUCGGGCAUGACAGCGCCAGGCACCAAGCGGCAGAUCUUCGAGCCAGCACUGGGCAUGGAGCACUGUGACACCCUGCAUGUGUCGCUGCAGAUGGGCAGUAACAAGGGCGCGUCCCAGCAGGGCAUGACCGUGUACGGGCUCCCGCGUCAAGUCUACGACCCCAAGUACUGCCUGAACCCUGGCGACGAGCAGCUCUAUGAGCUCUACAACUCCGCCUGAGUCCCAGGGGCUGGGGAGAGGAAGGUGUUGGGGGGCGGGGGCUGAGGGGACUGGCCAGGGCCCCCCUGCUUGGCUGCAGCUUUAGGCAGACAGACAGCAGCUUCCCACAACUCACAGCCCCAGCCCAGCCCAGCCCAACCUCUACCCUCCCCCCUUAUUUUAGUGCAAAAUACAAGCAGAGCCCCCAUGGUGGAACCCCCAGGAGCAAGGCAGAGGAGAGGGACUCACCAGCGUGUGCAAGAGCCUGGCCUUGGGGAUCUGAGUUUGAGGGGGCAGUGAGUGCUGCUCACUAGUGCAAGGUGGGGAGGGGGGUGGUGUGGAUGCUGGGCUAGGUUGGGCUGGGCCUCCUCACAUGGGGAUCUGUCCAAGCAAGGCAGUGGGUGCAAGGGGCCGGGGCUCAGGGCCACAGGUGAAAGGGAAGGGGGAGGACACCUGUACUUGACCCCUCCUGCCCCCAACACCUUCAGGCCUGGGCGGCUCCUCAGCUGGUGCUUGUGGACUAACCAUGCAGCAAUGCAGACGCUCGGGAGAAGCCUCUGGCCCGAGCCCAGUCCCGCCUGCAUGUGCUGAACACCCCCUGCUCCCAGCACUGCUCCCAGUUACCCUUACUGUGGCACAAUAAAGAGAGAGAGAAAA